UUUUUAUAGUAUAUUUUUGUUACUGAUAAAAUGAAUAGGCCAUUGCUAUCGCUUUAAUGUUUAUUUAUGACGUUCCAGCGACUUGCGAGGGCCGACUUUGUCUUAGGGGUAAAUCUACGGUUUACACAAGUCGAUAAUUUUCUAAAAUAACACAAAAUCUAAUGAAGAAUUAAUUAAACCAAAAUGGCUAACAAAGGUGGUCCUGAAACUGAAGAACAAACCAGAUUAAGAUUUCAAGUAGAACUUGAAUUUGUUCAAUGCUUAGCUAAUCCAAAUUAUUUAAAUUUUUUAGCUCAACGUGGUUAUUUCAAGGAUCAGUCUUUUAUUAAUUAUUUAAAAUAUUUAUUGUAUUGGAAAGAACCAGAUUAUGCAAAGUUUAUUAAGUAUCCCAUGUGUUUAUAUUUUUUAGAUCUCUUACAACAUGAACCAUUUAGAAAAGAAAUCGCUACUGCUAUUUGUUCGAAAUUUAUUGAUGAUCAGUUGUUAUUGAUUUGGCAACAUUACACUAGACGGAGAACAAAAUUGAUUCAUACUGCAUAUGAGCACAACAUGAAUAUGAUGAAUAAAUCUGGUGCAUCAAAUAUUGGACAAGCACAAACUAAUGGCACAAAUGGAAUCAUGCCAGCGUCAAUGCCCAUUCCUAAAGUUAUGCCUCCCUAAUUUAUUAUUAUUUAUAAUUUAAGGUUAUUUUAUAUAACUUAUCCAUUAUGUUGUAUCGUUCUAAUUUCCCACGUAUUAAAUGUUCAUUACAUUAAUAGUACUGUGAAAAUGUAAUUAUAAAUUGUUUAUCUAAAAAUGACUUUAAGAAGUAUUAUAUUUUAUUUUAUUUUCAAUAAUAUAAUUUCACAUUACCCAAAUUAAUUUGAAAAAAAAACAAGACUCCAAAAUAUGCAGUUGUGCACUUGAUUGUAUUUUAGAAGUAUAAAAUAUAUUAUGUUUGAUAACCAAAAUAAAAAAUGUAAUUUAUUAAAUUAAAUUAAAUUCUGAUUGAAAUUAUAAUAAAGAUAUUUCUUAUA